AUUUAGACAAUUUCUGACAGACAUUCUACUUUGAGCUUUGGUAACUUCAUCAUAUGAUUUGCAUCUAUUGUUUUUAUUGUUUUCUUUUUGAUUGGAAUAUCAUUUGCGUUAGAAGUGCUUGAGAUCAUAUUAAUAAUACACACAAAAUAUUAUUGAACAAUACAUUUGCAUUAUUCCUGAAGUUCAGCUGAUCUGAUUCCAAUCAGACCUCAGAAAUGGAUAAGAAAUAUAUACCAAUAAUCGUGAUAACAAGUGUUUUUGGAGCAAUUUUUGCUUUUGGACCUUGUUUCGUACGGAAAGGACCAAACAGCGGAAUGAUUAAAGCUUGUAUUAUGAUGACCGCAUUUAGCGUUUGGAUAUUCUGGGUUACUGCUUAUAUUGCACAAAUGAAUCCUUUAGCUGGACCGCGCCUACACAACACCACAUUAGCAUGGAUACAAUACGCUUUUGGUAACACGGUGGCUACACCGUUGGCUGAAACUGACAUUGAUUUAUUUGAAGAUGAUGAUAGAGACUCAAACUCAGAUUAUUAUACUUAAUUAAAUCAUAUAUAAAUACUAUUAAAUAGAAUGAAUCGUAUUCUAAAGAAUUUUUCGCCGUUGGAAUAUUUGAUAUUACGAUACAACGAUAAGGAAUUUUCCAGUUUUAUUUUAUAUACAGUACAGAUGAGAGAGGUGUAGAUUGUUAUGAGAGAAUUUUAUUUUAUUUUUGCGUUGUCCAUGCGUUUGUUGUUUUAUGUCAUAUAGAUUGUUAUAAUGUUCGUUAUUUUAUUAUUCUAAGUUACUUAUGAAAUAUACUUAGCAAUAUUUUAUGU